GGGUGUGAGUGCUCUAUGCUUUUCGUUCUGACGUUCAAGCAGGGCAUAGUUCAUUGCUUCCCAAAUAGCUGUUAUGAUGAAAGUUUGCGCGACUAUGUCAUCUUGAUUCAUGCUUUCCUAUAUGUUUCAGUCGCAUCAUCGGCAACCGUCAAGCCACACAAUGUAAACGUGACGAGCGUGACGAAGGGGACGAACGUGACGGCCACCGGGCCCAGGAUCGUCGGCGGCCGCGACGCGAAGCCGGGGGAGUUCCCCUGGCAGGUGUCGGUUAGGUCGGGGACCGAGUCCCACUUCUGCGGCGGGGCCGUCCUCAACGCCACCACGGUAGUCACGGCCGCCCACUGCGUGUACCAGCGCUCCCCGGAGUUCAUCCGGGCCAUGUCCGUGAUGGCGGGCUCCAUCCUGCAGAGCCAGCCCGGCGCCACCGCGUACGUCCUGGACGCGCUGGUCCACCCCGACUACGGCAACGUGUACCAGGAGUACGACAUCGCGCUGCUCUUUCUCGCCGAGGCUCUGCCGCUGGACGCCGGCAUCUGGCCCGUCCAGCUGCAGGAGAACGAGCUGCCCGAGGGCACCCUGUGCGUGGCGAGCGGCUGGGGCCGCACGGUCGACUCGAAAGCUGCGCCGAUACCAGACAACCUGCAGGCCGUCGACCUUCCCAUCAUCGACGCCAAGAAGUGCAACGACAUGUACAUGGAGGAGGAAGACUACUCGCCCGUCAUCGAGAGCCAGAUCUGCGCCGGCUACGUGGAGGGAGGCAAAGACUCCUGCCAGGUAAGGUGACCGCGCCGCCAGCCAUGUGCGAUGGGUUGCCUCCCUCGCGGGCGCUGCCUGCCUCAUGCGUGUGUUUGUGCG